AGUAACUGGACCAGCAGAAUGAUGUGGAUAUUGAACGUUAAUAUUUUGGCGUUUAUAUUAUAUUUUGUCGGACAGUAUCAUAUAUCUGCUCUUCAAGAUGUAACAGCCGACCUCUUUGGUUCCGAAAAUUUUGGAACGGUUGCGGCGUUUGGAGAUUUUAAUUCGGAUAAACAAACGGACAUUUUCGUCAUCAAAGAACAAACCGAACUGGUAAUAUUCUUGGCUGACUUGAAAACGCCUUAUUUCAAGCCCCAGAUACACGCCAUAAAUUUUCUACCAAGCGAUCUCAUCAUCACCAGUGUAGUUCCUGGAGACUAUGAUGGAGAUUCUCAGAUGGAUGUGCUCCUCACAGCUAAGCCAAAGCGAGAGUCCAGUAAUGAACUGACUGUAUUCAUACUCUGGGGGAACAACCAGACACUAGACAAUGGUGAGCUGCUGAAGUUGAACAAGACCUUUACAGAUCAGCCUCUUGUCAUGGAUUUCAAUGGGGACAUGGUCCCAGACAUCUUUGGAAUCACCAAGGAAUCGUACACUGAAGUCUGCUAUCUGAACAAAAGGAUCCUAGUGUGGCAGAAGGCACUGACUUCACCUGUCAUUAUGCGAAUCCCUCACUCCAAUGCUUUCAUUGACCUCAACAAGGACUUCACCGCUGAUCUGUUUCUAACAACCGAGGGACCUGAAUUCCAGACCUGGAUCAACAAGGACGGGAACUUCACAAAGAUGGACAUUUUGCCAGAACACCCACCAUCCACCGUCCAGAUCGUCGGACAGUCCUCCUUUGUUGAUUUUGAUGGCGAUGGAUAUCAGGACCACCUCCUCCCUGUAUGUAUGGACAGUGCCUGUCAUCGCAGCGCCAUCUACCUGGCGAAGCAGGGCCAAACCGAGUGGGUCCCUGUGCUUUUGGAGUUCCAGCGGAUGGAGACAUUGUGGGGCUUUGUCCCAGGUGAACCAAGCCAGCCUAUGGCUCUCCACCUAGGGGACUACAAUUUAGAUGGCUUCCCCGAUGCCCUGGUUAUCCUCCGCAACACCAGCGGCAGUGGUCAGCAGGCCUUUUUGUUGGAAAAUGUGCCCUGUAACGACAAAAUUUGCCAAAGGGCGGGGAGAAUGUUCCACAUCCACUGGGACCAGUCAGAUAUGAGCGCCAUUCCCCAUGCUGUCGUGGCAACAUUCUUUGACAUCUAUGAAGAUGGCAUAUUAGACAUGCUGGUUGUCAGCCAGUUGGAGGGCAAAAAUGACUUGAUAAUCCACGCUUUGAAAAACAACUUUGAAGCAGACGCCUACUUUGUUAAAGUGAUUGUACUCAGCGGCCUCUGCUCCAAUGACUGCCCUGAACAAGUCAAGCCGUUUGGCGUAAACCAACCAGGACCCUAUGUCAUGUACACCACGGUCGACUCCAAUGGCUACCUUAAAAAUGCCUCAGCGGGCCAGCUGAGCCAGUCGGCUCACCUCUCCCUCCAGCUACCCUACACAGUACUGGGCCUCGGGCGCAGUGCCAACUUCCUGGACCACCUGUUUGUGGGCAUCCCCCGGCCACCCACGGAGACGGAUAUUAGGAAACAGGAGUGGACAGCGAUUAUUCCCAACUCUCAACUCAUCGUCAUCCCCUACCCGCACGACCAGCCCCGCAGUUGGAGUGCUAAGUUGUACUUGACUCCCAGUAAUAUCGUGUUACUGACAGCCAUCGCACUGAUCGGGGUGUGUGUGUUUAUCCUUGUCAUCAUCGGCAUCCUCCACUGGCAGGAAAAGAAAGCAGAUGACCGGGAGAAGAGGCAGGAGGCCCAUCGUUUCCAUUUUGACGCAAUGUGAAGGAAGAGCAAUGCAUCAUGGGAGCAAAUGUCACAUCCUGUUCCUGCGCCUUCACAGCUCCUUCACCCCUGACUAUCUCCACCCUCACACACACACACACACACACACACACACACACACACACACAAAUUCACCGACACUCCCUUCCAGUUUUUCUCUCCCAUUCCCUCUGUCUUACUCAGAUACACACACGUACACAUGUAAAGACAAAUAAUUUCACUCACAUUCAGCCACCUUCAUUACAAGGGACAAAUAAAAGGUUUUCCGUUUGCCCCAAAACGUUCCUUUUUCUAUAUUUUUUAGCCUUUGAUUAAAAGCUGGAAUAGUCAUUGUCCAUUUCAUUUAUUCAUCCCACUGUUGUCCUUGUAGCUAUGAAGUAUAAAUUUCUGAGGACCUGCCACAGUCAACAGUAUAAAUAACCUGUUGUGUUAUUAGGAUAUUUUGACAAAAACAACUCUUAACUCCAGUCAAAAUGUCGAAUGACCAGAUGAUUGCAGGAUUGAACGUUGUUAAAUUUCUGUGUACAAGGAAAGGAAAGCUGCCAUUGGGGCAUAGCAUUGAAAUAUUUAAUUAAAGGUACUUGAAGUUAAUGUGCAUUCUACUGUCCAAUAUCCUCUCCUAUUUUGUCUGUUUUUUGAUUGAUCCAUUUCAAACUCACCCUUGAAAACUAAUUGUUAAUGUUUGUUUGUUCCAUUAUCAUUACUUUUGUCUGCAUUUCAAACAGAAGUUAGGCCUAACCUCAAUUUUAAUUCAUAUGGACUUUGAGAUUGAUCUGGCUUCGCAUUUUGCUGCAACUGGUGCAUGAGUGGAACAUGCUGUGGAAAAUGAUUGCUACCAAUGUUUCCUGAGAAACGGGGGGGGGGGACGUGUUGCUUGUCUCCUAAAUAAAUAAUGCCUUCAUCUCCUCUGGCUGCAAAAACAGCUUCUCUCAGAUGAUCAUAUCUGAAUGUAUCAUUAGUGUCAAACAUUUGUUAAUUAGUUUUUUUCCUGGUAAUUAUCAAGUUUCCCAUUUGGGCCUAGUUCUAAUGAAUAAGGCACAAGAGCAUGUAAGGCUCAAAAUAAGCUCCCAGUUCACUAUGUAGUGUGGACUUUUCCCCAUUGCCUCUUCAAACACGGUUGUGCUUGGAGAUGUCCUUUACUGUACCACAAUCAGCUCUUUGUCUCGCGUGGUUUGCACUUUUUGUUACUGAUGAUUAACUGUGUGGGUAAACUUAAUUUAUUUUCUUUCGUGCAUUGGGUUGGCAAUUUGAAUGUUCUAGCUACUGUGUGUUUACUUAUGAUGAGAAUAAAAUGUAUCGUGUUUAAAAUG